AUGGAGGAUCCAGACUUUUCGAUGAAGGCUACGAGCCCACUGGCCAACAAGGGCGACCCCCAUCAAGGCGAGGCAGGGGGCGGGGCGGGAUGCGUGGCCGGCGAUGGUCCCGACCACUCAGGGGGGAAGUAUCUGGCCGACGGUCUCGACCACUGCGGGGGUGAAGCAGCAGUUCUUUUGGAUCUUGACUUCCCGGAUCCCUUCGCCGAUUUCUUUGAGCCCGAGAAGUCAGACAAGCACCAAGCCGGAAAUUUGGAUUUCGAGGUCCUUCCCCACGUGCUUGCCUUUACCGCGCCCUUCUCCUCGGGGCACAGAUCCGUUCAGGAGUAG